GUUUGUCCUCACCCCUGACGUCAGAUCUCGCUUUCAUAAAACCCCCCAGGGCGGCGGGAAGAGCAGGGCUGGUGCUCCCGAUGGGCCGCCAGUCUGGGCCCGCUCCCCGAGACGCGGACAUCUCCCGGGCUGCUCGGUCGAUGCCUUGGCCACUGACCCCCAGGCAUGAGGUGGUUCCUGCCCUGGACGCUGGCAGUAAUGACCGCAGCAGCCACCGCGGGCAGCGCCCUGGCCACGGCCCUCCCUGCAGCCCCCACGGCCAUGGCCUUCACCCCAGCGCCGCUGGAGGACACGUCCUCACGCCCCCAGUUCUGCAAGUGGCCGUGCGAGUGCCCACCGUCCCCGCCGCGCUGCCCGCUGGGGGUCAGCCUCGUCACCGACGGCUGCGAGUGCUGCAAGGUGUGCGCCCAGCAGCUCGGGGACAACUGCACCGAGGCUGCCGUCUGUGACCCCCACCGGGGCCUCUACUGCGACUACAGCGGGGACCGCCCGAGGUACGCAAUAGGAGUGUGUGCACAGGUGGUCGGCGUGGGCUGCGUCCUGGACGGGGUGCGCUACGGCAACGGCGAGUCCUUCCAGCCCAGCUGCAAGUUCAACUGCACGUGCGUGGACGGCGCAGUGGGCUGCACGCCCCUGUGCCUGCGGGUGCGCCCCCCACGCCUCUGGUGCCGCCACCCACGGCGGGUCCGCCUGCCCGGCCGCUGCUGUGAGCAGUGGGUGUGCGACGACGGAGCCCGGAGGCUGCGCAAGACGGCGCCGCGCCACACGGGGGACCUAGCGGUCACGGGCGAGGCCGAGCCCUGGCACGGGAACUGCAUCGCCCACACCAGCCCCUGGAGCCCCUGCUCCACCAGCUGCGGCCUGGGCAUCUCCACGCGGGUCUCCAACGCCAACACCCGCUGCUGGCCCGAGCAGGAGAGCCGCCUCUGCGCCCUGCGGCCCUGCGACGUGGACAUCCGUCCGCUCAUCAAGGAAGGGAAGAAGUGUCUGGCUGUGUACCAGCCGGAGGCGCCCGUGAACCUCACCCUCGCCGGUUGCGUCAGCACACGCGCCUACAGGCCCAAGUACUGCGGGGUCUGCACGGACAACAGGUGCUGCAUACCCUACAAGUCCAAGACCAUCGACGUCUCCUUCCAGUGCCCCGACGGGCCCGGCUUCUCCCGCCAGGUCCUGUGGAUCAACGCCUGCUUCUGCAACCUCAGCUGCAGAAACCCCAACGACAUCUUUGCUGACCUGGACCUCUACCCCGACUUCUCCGAAAUCGCCAAUUAGGCGGGCACCACACGCAGGGCUCGGGCCUGGCCC